AUGUCAAACCAUUCAGCUCCAUCAAUCCAAGCAUUAGAUUCCAAAACCAGUUCAUUAAUCAAAUCAAGUUUAUCAAUCCUAUCCCUAAAGAAUCUAUUAGAAUCGUUACUUCAAAUCUCAUUAAAAUCUAAACCUACUCUUAUUAGUUGUUCAUUAAAUCUUUCGUCUAAGUAUUUGAGAAUAGAUGAUGAUGGGAUCGGAUUCAAUAAACCAUCAAUCUAUGAAAUCUUAUCCAACAAUGAAUCACUACCGAAUUCAAGAAAGAUGAAUGAUGAUGACUUGGGGUAUCGGCUUGAGGGUUUAGAACUUCAGCUUUUUAGGUCUUUGGUUUGUUUGGCUUCGGUUGAGAUUUGUUCAAGAACUGAAGAUUCGGAUGAAACUUAUCAAAUUAUCUUUCAAGAUGGUAUACGAGUCUUUUCAGGUCCUGCUAAAACUUCUCGCAGACAUAAAACAGGCAGUACAUUGACUAUCCGUAACUUAUUCCAUAAUUUACCAGUGAGAUCUAAACAAUUAAUCAUAAACCAUCAACAAGACUUUUUAGAAUGCAAACGAUCCCUUCAACUCUUGGCAAUCCUUCAUCCUAAUGUGAACUUCAAUUUACACAACUUAGAACACUCAUUGCCGGGACAAAGUGAUGGGUUGGUUGAGCAUGAGUUUAAAGAAUCUGGUGUAUUGAUUCAAAAGACUCAUGAUUCGAUCAUUACGUUUGGUAAAAUCUUGGGUCCAUCUUUGAUUAAGGACGCAUAUAUUAUUGAAAACUACGAAUUUGACAAUUACAUCGUUGAAGGGUUUUUAUGUAAAGAGACACAUUUAAAUAAAUCUGGACAAUUGAUUUUUCUGGAUGGUAAAUUAAUACCUAGUACGAGUUUAAUUUAUCAAAGAUUAUCAAAAUCGAUGAGUUUCUCAAACAACCUUGGCAAUCCUUCCAGUUCACAUAAAUCUAUGAAAAAGUCUUCAAGUUCUUUUAGACGAUUCGAAAGAUAUCCAAUAUGGUUAUUGAUUUUGAUUUCUCAGGAUCAACUUUUGGGAUCUCAUCUUGGACUUUUACAUACCGAUCUUUCAUCUAGAACUGAAGAACGUUUAUCAAAGCUUGGUGAAAAGUUGUGUCAUGAAUAUCUUGAUCGAAAAGAUGAGAUUUCGAAACCUAGUUUACUAGAAGAUUGUAACAGGGUAUCUCAGAGAACGUUUGAAGAUCCGGUAAGAGAAAGGUUGGGCUUUGAAAGGGAUGGUAAUGAAAGCACGAGAAAGAGGUCAGGAUCAGAGAAAGGAUCGUCUUCCAAAAAGAAAUUACGAAGUUUGACUUCUGAUCAGGAUCCUCAACGAUCACCUCUUACUUUCGAAAAAGGUCUAAUGGAUCGAUUCAAAUAUUCUAAAAAACAAAGCAUUCUUGAUCAUCAAAAAGAAGAUUUGUCUACUAAGGGUGAAACUCGAAUAGAAUAUCCUCGUGUAUCUGUGAAACGAAUCGGAUCUAAUGACAAAGAGAAUAGAGAAGAAGAAGAAGGUUCAAGACGUCCUGAAUGGAUCACUCGUAGUUUAAGCGAUUAUCGUAAUCCGGUUUUCGGCCGUAAAGAAGCUUUGUCCAAAAAGAUUUUCAAAGCAGAUGAAAUCAAAACUCUACCAACGAAUACUAAUAGUAAAGAAGAUGAAAGAAAAUCGGAUUUGAAGCAAGAGUCAAGCAAGAUUUCAUUUAAAGAGAUGAACGAAACCCAUCAAGAUUGUAAAACGACUAUCGAUUUGAAAUGGUUAAAGGACUCGAAACGGUUUAAAUUGAUUGGACAAGCUGAUCGAAAGUUGAUUGUGGUGUAUUUUAAUGAGAUUCAAACGAUUGUUGUUUUUGAUCAACAUGCCGUUGAUGAAAGGAUUCGAGUUGAAAAGUUUUUGAAACAGAUUAUUCUUCCUGAAUUAUUGGUGGUGAAGAAAAUAGGGAAAAAGGGUCAGGAUGAGAUUGAAGGUGUUCGGCUUAGGGUUAGUGAAGUUGAACUUGAAGGGUUUAAGAGAUGGAAAAUAAGGUUUAAGAGGUAUGGAUUUGAUUAUGAGAUUAGGAGGAAAGAAAAAGAAGAUGAAGAAGAGGUUUGGGUGAUUGGAUUGGCUGAAGUGGUGUUUAAAAGGUUAAAGAAAGAUGGGUUUUUUGGGUUGGGUGAAGUGAUGAGAAUGUGUUUAUCAUUCUUUGAGAGUCAUCAAGAAGAAAAAGAAAAGAAAGUUGGAAGGCAAAAGGAUUGGAUGAAUGGAAUGAAAUUCUUGCCGGGUGUUUUGAUUGAAAUUAUUAAUUCUAAGGCUUGUAGAGGAUCGAUUAUGUUUGGAGAUCAAUUAAAUCAUGAAGAAUGUCAAAGAUUAUUGGAUGGAUUAUGGAAAACUGAUGAACCGUUUUAUUGUGCACAUGGAAGAAUGAAUUGUAGACCGAUUUUGAAUUUCAUGAACCCGAAAGAAAUCCAAAAGAAGAAAAAAGUUGUCAAAGAGAAGGAGGAGGUUGUCAAAGAGAAGGAGGUUGUCAAAGAGAAGGAGGUUGUCAAAGAGAAGGAGGUUGUCAAAGAAGAAGAAGAAGAUUAUGAUGAAUAUUUUCAUGAGUUUUUGGUUGAUAGUAUAAGAUGUUUAUUAGGUAUAAAUGAUAAUGAGAUUUAUCAGAGAGAUAGAUUUAGUGAAUCAUAUUGUUGGUUGGGAAAUGAUUGGCAGAUUGAUAAGGUUGAAUUUUGA